AUGACGAUUUGGGCCGCAUGGGCGUAUGUGCUGCUUCCCCCCGCUGUGAUCUUGCUCAUUCUCCUCACGAUUCCGUUCCCGAGGCCUGUCGCCAAGGGGGUGGUGCGCAUGAACGAGUUCAUUUUGAACUUCCACAUUGCUAGCAUCCCAGUAUUUUCGGUCAUCACAGGGCUUGCGUUCGUGGCCCUGGCAGGCCAAACGUACGAUCUCCAGAAACGCUACAACUACCAGAUAACUGGGAUUGAAAAGCACUACGAAGCCGACUUGCAACACCGCGCGACGCGUUGGCGCUCGGAGCGCAACUGGUGGAUCAGCGCCCUGACUUUUACGAUUUACUGGAUGCUCAUGGCCUUCCAAUCCAUGAAGAAGCAGCUCUUGCUGGCCAGCCGUCGCACCGACUAAGCAGCGGUGAAGGGAAUGGACACACCAAGGAGCAGCACUGGUCUAACCUAAUGCAUGCGAUGACGAGAUGUAGUCCCCACACUCUAUUGAUGCCGAAGCACGAGAUGGGGCUUUUGGGCUGCAGCACGAGUCAAGGUAGUG